CUCCACCCACCCCUCCCACACAAAUCGAAGGCCUCUGAACCUAACCACCUUGCUGGAGCCACAGCCAGACGGAACUGACCCACUUCUGCCAAGCGCCACCCUCUUCUCCCUGUCUGGUGAAUGAGGGGUGCUGGUGGAUGUCUUCCAGCUCUGGGUGGACAGAGGGGCUUCCAGAAAGAGAGGAGAAGGAUGGCCAGUGGGAAUGGGCUUCUUUCGUCCUCGGCCCUGGUGGCCAAGCGUCCCUGCGCCCUGGGCCCAUUCCCCAGAUACAUCUGGAUCCACCAGGACACACCCCAAGACAGCCUAGACAAGACUUGCCAUGAAAUCUGGAAGAGAGUUCAAGGCCUGCCUGAGGCCUCAGAGCCCUGGAGCUCCAUGGAGCAGCUCUCUGUCCCCAUGGCUGGACCUAUAGGAGACCAUGAGCUCAGCUUCCAAGAAGAAGCUCUGGAGCUCAGCAGUGACAAAGAUGAGAUCUCCCUGUUGGUAGAACAGGAGUUCCUGAGCCUCACCAAAGAGCACUCGAUCCUGGUCAAAGAGAGCUCUGAAGAGCUGGAGGCACCCGGCAGCUCUCCCGAGGGGACCAGAGAGGUGGCUCCCUGCAUUCUUGCCCCUCCUGUAGUGGCAGACGGUAAUGAGUGCCCCAGAGCCUCCAUCAUUGUCGGCGACAAGCUUCCCAAGCAGAAGAUGGCCACAUCCAUUAAUGGCAGCAGACAGGACUGUGAUUCUGCCAUGUCUGCUGUCACAGACAUACUGCGUGCCACCAAAGUCAAGAGCCGCAAGGGGACAGAUGACAGGGACUGCAUCCUAGGUGCCUCCAACUUGGAGGUCAGCAAGCUUCUGGCCCAGUUCCCACUAAAGUCCACUGAGGCAUCCAAGGCCCCUGACAACAAGAAGGUGCUGGAGGAGACAAGGGUCAUAAAGGACUUCCUACAGAACAACAUGUUCAGUGGCCCUGGACUCAGGGAGCCCAUGGAGCUGAGCCCAUUUCUGCUGCCACCUCCCCCACCUCCUCCUGCACCCCAAGACAAGCUCCCUGAGCUCUUUGCUCAGAAGAGGCAGCUCCCAGUGUUUGCCAAGAUCUGCUCCAAGCCAGAGGCUGACCCUGCUGUGGAGAGGCACCACUUGAUGGAAUGGAGCCCUGGCACCAAGGAGCCAACAAAGGCUCGAGAAAGCCUAUUUCUCAGCCAGUGGCCCCAGAGCCAGAAGGACACCUGUGGUGAGGAGGGUUGCUGUGACCCAGUGGGCACCACAUCACUUCCCCUGCCUCCCAAGAAACCUGCAUGUCCAGCCGAGAAGAACCUACUCUAUGAGUUCUUUGGGGCCACCAAGACCCCAAGCGGGCAGCUGAAACUUCGAAACAAAGUGGAAGUGGAUGGGCUGGAGCUGAAAGUUAACGCACCUGUGACGGUUGCUGACAAGAACAACCUGAAGCACACAGGGAAUGUUUUCACUCCGCACUUUGCUACAGCCUUGACCUCAGCAACCCUGAACCAGCCAUUCUGGCUCAACCUGAACUAUCCACCUCCACCAGUGUUCACGAACCCCUCCACCUUCCUGCAGUAUCAGGGCCUGUACCCACAGCAAGCAGCGAGGAUGCCCUAUCAGCAGGCUUUGCACCCCCAGCUGGGAUGUUACUCCAGACAGGUGAUGCCAUACAACCCACAGCAGAUGGGACAGCAGAUCUUCCGCUCUUCCUACACCCCACUAACAAGCUACACCCCUUUUGUCCAGCCCAAUUAUCCCUACCAUCAGAGGACACCUCCAAAGAUGUCUGCCAACCCCCGAGACCCUUCCCCCAUGGCAGGAGAUGGACCCCAGUACCUCUUUCCCCAAGCAUAUGGGUUUGGCUCAACAUCUGGAGGUCCCGUGAUGCACAGCCCCUAUUUUUCCUCCAGUGGGAAUGGCGUAAACUUUUAGAUCGCCUUCUCUUCUCCCUUCUCCUCCCUUAGCCCUUGGAUCAGGACUAAGGGCUCUGAAUUUCUGGGUUCUGCAAAAGCCUAGUAUGAAGUUUGGAAAGGCAAGGUUUCGACCAGGUCACAGACAGAAAACAGCAAGACCAGAUUCAUCUAUUGGCCAACACCGACACACAAAUAGCCCCUCUCGCACCCGGCACAAGCUACACACACACGCGCGCGCACACACACACACACACACACACUCCUCAUAUUCAUACUUGCUUGCUCAACCACUUAUGCAUCUGUAUUUAGCUAACAUGAGUGAUUUUUGUUUUUGUUGUUGUUGGUAAAAUAGAAGUAAGACACUUAAUUUUAGAAAGUUUGUAUUUUAUGAUAAAACUAUGAGCUGCUUGAAA